AUGCCCCAUCCUCCUCCUCAUCCUCUCCCGUACGUGACAGGUGACGGGAGAAGACCGGCCGACGAGGACUACUCUCUCGAUCCGCAUGAUAAUACUGAGAGACGUAGAGACGUUGACUCCUUCAGCCUGAACAGAGGUGCCGACGGCCGUGAUGUCGAAUCCUUGGACCAACCCUCCUGCCGAACCUCCGACGCAGUCCCCUCCCAUUAUUUGCCUCUUCACUCGGUGCCCGUCCAGAAUCUUGCAUUUCUCGUCAUCCGCGAAGAUGCCGUGCCGCUAUCCUCGCCCUCACCCUCUCCAGAGCCGCGCCUCGUCCAGGCCGAGGCCGAGUAUCGGCACGAUAUCGGUCCUGGUCGUGAUCAGAACCAGCAGCAGGGAAACAUGCGCAUGGCCAACGCCACGCCUGCCGACGCCGACGCUUCCCUGGACCCCCCAUGCUGCCCCGUCCCGGCUCUCGAGCACACCCAGUCGGGCCUCUCCAUCUCCUCCUCGGCCUCGGCCAGCGACUCCCUCCUCCUCUACGACGCAGCCGACCCAAGCUCCCUAUCGGACCUGGCCGCCGCCCGCCUCGUCCGUCAGCACCUCGCUUCCUUUCGCCGACGCUCCCCGGACUCGCAGUCCGAGCGGAUUCUCCGCGCCCUCAUCGCCCCCAAGUCGCGCGGUGCCGACUUUCCGCUCGACAACGAUGCCCUGCGCAGCAUCUUCAGCGCCGCCAACGAGCUCUUUUUCGCCUCGCGCCUCGCCUGCCGUGUCGCCUGGGACUGGAGCCAUCCCGACAGCGGCCAGUACGAGAACCACAUCGUCGGCACCACGGCCCUGCGUCGCUGCGUCCGCCUCGGCGGUUGGGAAACGCUCAUCGUGCUUUCGUCGCCCAUCCUGCGCGACAACAAGUAUAACCGCCGACUUCUCAUCUCCACCUUUCUGCACGAAAUGAUCCACAGCUACAUGUUUGUCAUGUGCGGCACCAAGGCGAGCAAGUCUGGCGGACACACCGACGGCUUCCGACAGAUUGCCGCCAUGAUCGAUGACUGGGCCGGCAGGGAGUAUCUGCGCAUGAGCGACAUGGAAGCCGAUCUCGAGCGCUUUCGGGACCAUGACCGUUGCCUUGACGUCGAGCCGGCAUGGCACGACUACGACGCGGGGGGGCGCUAUCUCAUGCCGCCGUUGCCACCACUCCCGCACUCCUCCCACGAGCCUUCUCACCGCAGGCAGGACGACCAGGCACAAGGCGAGUGGCGGUGGAAUGGGCAUGAGGACUUUGGUCCGUACCCUUCGGCCUCGUCGUACCUCUACUCGGGCCAAUAA